AUGAUCGGCCCUGGAGACGAAAACGUAGAGGCAGCAGGAAAGGAGAAGCGAGGGAAACGUGUGAUCCCUGAAUUCGGUGUACAGGGUUGCAGGCUGCUCGGAGCCCCGGGUCUGUUCUCCAGCCCUGCGCACCCCGAGCGCCGCCAGCACCCACCCUGCGGGGCUGGGACCUCACGGCUCACCCCGACUCUGGGGAACCUGCGAGCUGACCCAUCCGUGCCGGGGCCGCACGCCUGGACCCCUGAGCGGCCGCAGUCAGAGCUGGAGACCCGUCGGCAACUCGGCUGCAGCUCCGGGAGGGCGCGGGGACUCGGGCCGCACGGUCCCUGGCGGCGCUCUGGGCACCCAGCGAGAUCGCGCGCUCCCUCCUGGCGGGUCCCCCGCGCGCCGCCGAGAGCGCACAGGCCUGAGCGCCCCGCUGAAGCCUCAGAACCGCACAGCGAGCUGCUGGAGCUGCGGCGUCAGAAACCUCGGGAACCGACCCACCUCAUCGCUCCUCAUGGGCAGUUACUGGGCAAGCUGGGGUCCCCGCCGUCGUCCCCACCAGAGGUGCGCACGGGCGAGACCGGGAGGCCGCCGAACCGCCGACCGGCUCAGCCGCUUCAACAGGUCCACCGGGUUCGGCAAGUCCGCGCCUGCCCUGCCCUGCGGCACAGACCUGGGAGGAAGCCGCCAAACUGCGACCCUGCCAGUCCCACCGCGUGGGUGGCCAGUGAGUCUUGCAGGCGCUUUCCCAUGGAGAGGGCCCACAAUUCCACUGUGGGGCCCCUUCCCUCGGACUGGUGGGAGAGCUACCUCCAGCGGACUAUCUGGUCUCUGCGGCACGCCGGAGCCGUGUGCAGCCCGGUGACCAUCAAGAUAGCACCUCCCGAGCCGAAAGUGCUUCUCUCCAGCCCUCCAGCAGAGGUGAGGGACUCCGCAGGAUCCUCACCCUCGGAGAAGCCCCCAGACCCAUGUGCCAAGGAGACAGUGCUGAGGGCCCUCAGAGAGUGCAAGAAAGGGAGGGAGAGGUUGGAAGAACCCGCGUCGUUGGCUUGCCAGGUAAGGGAAGGAGUCCCUGAGGCCAGACCAUCCACAUUUAAGCCCCUGAUGAAAAAUGGAGUCCUCACUUCUUUUGUGCCCACGCCUGGGGCUCUGAAGAGAAGCCUCAACUCCUGGAGCUCAGAUCACAGCUUGAACGAGAGGCCCAGUUGCUCCUCCGUGAACUCCUUGGCCAGCACAUGCACAGGUGCCCUCCGCUCCAGGAGAAAUGCUAUCGCAAGUUCCUACAGCUCUUCUAGAGCUUUCUCUGAGUCUCGGAAGAGAAGUGUUCCCAGUGCCUCCCUGCAGCCACCAGAAAGGCCUGUAAAAAAGAAAGGCAAGGGUCAUCAUUCUCACUCUCUGGUCCUGAUGUACUCGGACCAGUUCCCAGCAGCAUCUGGGGAACCAAGUCUGCAGACGCCUCAGCUUUUCUCUAGCCCUGGGAACCUGCUGUCACAGACCCCACCUGCCCAGCUAGGGAAUGCAGACCCUAAAGGGGACCUGGCCUUACGGAAAAAAGGUAGACUCCAGUGGAGCAAUCCAGCCAGAGAGGAGACGCCUGAGGGCACCACCCACUCAGGCUCUGACACUUGGUCUGCUGCUCAGCCUUCGCUGUCUCUUCCCAUGCCUCCUGCAGGCACAGCUCCAACCCAGGGCACAAAUCCACAGAUGGAAAGCUUAGCAGACAGGCAGGAGCCUCCUGGGGAGGAUGUCAGUGUAGCCCAUUCACCUCUGGAGGUCUGGAGACUGCUGUCUUCACAUGGCUUCCCCUGCAUGCAGUCAGGGCCCCUGCUGGGCACUUCUUCAGACUCACAUCCCACAGCCACAUUCAUCUUGCUGACCCCAGUUUCUCCCACCUGUCCAGUCACUGAUGCCACAUGGCCCUCAUCUCCCUCUCCUAGGACUCCCAUGCCCCCACCCCCCACACCGCCAACACUUCCUGUGCAAAGUACUUUGUUUGGAGUGAGUAGCCCAGCUCCGCAUUUUCCUGCAUCUUCAUGUCCUGCUGCAACUUCUGCUGGCCCCACAGUGAGCCCUGUUUGGGGGCCCCAACCCUACAGUGAGAUCAGAGGUUCCUUAUAUUCCAGCACUUCUGUGGUGGCUGCAGCAUCUUCAACUCCAGCUGUCUUCGCUCCCACCUUCAUGCCUAUCUUUGGUGGCCUAGGACCUCUGAAAACUCUGCCUAGGAUAGCUCACUUCUCUUUCAAGCAAACCUCUCCUCCAGCUCCUCCCACUUCUACCCAUCUGCCCCAUAGCCUGGUCAAGACGACUUCUGUAGUCAUGGCCACCACCCCAGCCAGCACAUCCAAAGACUCUUUUUUCACACAGCCUUUGGAUUUUGGUGUCGUGAAUGUUACCAGUACCAUGGACAGCACUUACUCCAUCCCUUCUACUUGCCACACUUUACUUCUUGGGGCUGCCUGUGCCUUCAGAGCCAGCUUCUCUCCAGACACAAGUUUCAUCUUCCCACCACAGCAGCGUGCUACCAUUCCCACCGUACACACAGUCACCAUCUUUAGCCAGGUUCUUACCAGUGCUGCCCAGAUAUCCCCAAAUAAAAGCACUGCCAAUUUUCGGGGUGUGGGUGAUCCUCUUUCAGCCUCAGCCCUGGUCACCACAAACCAGCCCUCAUUAUCAUCCAGCAUCUCCAAUCCAACCUCAGCAUUUGCAGUUUCCUUGGGGUCAGGCUCGAGGCCAUCUUUCCCACUCUUCCCAGGAGCCACCUCCCAGCCAGCAUUCAGGGCUACAGGUAGGCAGAAGCCAGGAGCCCUCCAACCAGCCCUGGGCCCAAGCUUCAGUAGCUCUUUCAUUUUUGGAGACUCUGCAGUGGUGUCCCCAACCUCAACCCUAACUCCAGCUCAGCCAGACUUCAGCAGUACCACGCAGUCACCCUGUGGGGGUAUGACACCCUCAGCCUCCACCUUUCACAUCCCUGCCAGCAUCUUGCCAAAUUUGGGCAGUACUCUAGCAGGUUUUCCCUUUGGUCAACCUAGUACAACUGAUAUUGGAGUUGUCAACCAGACCCACCAGAAUGGGGCUUGUGGUUCAGUGUUCGGCAGCACAGCCCCACGACCUUUUGCCUUUGGGGUAUUGGUGACCCCUAUGGACUGUGGGGAGAUUGGGAUCAGUGCCCCAGACAUGAGCUCCAACUCUGGAGCAUUCAGCAUUGGAGCGGUGCCAAGUGGGACAACUAGCACCAUCACACCCUUUGGAAAAGGCUGUAGCCAGAACACCCAAGGCCUGACCAGCCAGAACACACCUUUUGUCGUGGGGAGGGCCAGCAUCUCUGCAAGAAAGACUAUGUCUGGGGGCCCCUGCAUGGCCCCCUUUGCUCAGAGCAUGCCUGUCCCUGGGCCAAUACAGACUAACAGUAGCCUUGGCUUUGGGAUGCCCUCUCCACUUGCUCAGGGUUCUCCUGGGAGAGGACCUUUCAGAUCAUCAGCCUCUUCAUUUUCCAUUGGUGCAAAAUCAAAACCCCCAAAGAAUUGGGGGCAAGCGCAUUCCCGAAGGCAUCAUGCACACAAGAAAUAG